AGGCAAGCGGUGACACCGGCCGACGUCGUCUUUUUCUUCAGCCCGAAAAUAGUCGGGUCCACCGUGGCGUCGAGGGGAUGCACCGGGAACGAGACGCCGCCGAACUUGAGCGUGAUGUUCACUUCAUGCGUGCAGGGCACGAGCCAGAUCUGGCCGACGUCCGUGUCGUUCACGAGCUCGGCGCCCUGGAAGCGGCUGUAUAUCCCGCUGGCGAUCGUGCUGCGGUGGAGACUGUCAGAAAACAAAACAUGCAACUGCGCAACCGCAGGAUUCCGGACGCACGCAGGGACCUGGGGCAACGAGAAGCCGGUGUCGACGACGACCGUCGCCUGCUGUUUGUUGGAAGUGGACUUGACCACCGACUUGUACGGGAUGGCUUGCCCGUCGGGGCCCAGGAACCCAUCCGCAUCGAGCAGAACCUGGAAAUGCUGGUUCGCGCUGUUGCCGAUGGAGACAUCGGUGACCGCGAGCUUGGGCUGGCUCGUGAUGUUCGCGUGGCCCGGCAGGAUCUCUCCGACGGUGAGGUUGCCCGGGAACACCUCCGACGGGUCGUUCAGGCGCCCGAGGGUGAACGUGAUGUAGUUGGGCGUCGUCGUGUUCUGAAUGAAGAUGUUGUCGAGGACGGUGAUGCCCUCGUCGGCGGAAGAAAAGGUCUGGAAGACGACCGAGCCCGCGCUUGGGCCGAGCCCGAUCAGUCCCUGGCCGGCGGUGUGGUCGGCAUCAGGCGUGACCAUGACUAAACGGGGGUAGAAGCCUAGUGAGUCUGCGGCGCUCUUUCAAAGAUGCCACCAACGCACUGAAAGCCUGGUUAGGAAUCGUGAAGCCCGAGAACUCGACGGUGCCGAGCUUGACGGGCCCCGUUGCGCCGCCCGAGGCAUACGAAAUGGUCGCGGCUUUCCCUGUGUCCUGCGUCGCAGACGAUAAAUCGCCCGCUACCCAAAGAUCGGAGCUGUCAUGGAAGGUCUGACUGAGUGUGGGCGCGAUGUCAAGGGUGCGUGCCACACACCUG